AUGCCACUGUAGUGGAUCAAUUUCAAUUUGAAGCUCGAGCUCCUCUCCUCGCUUUUACCGUAGAGCACACUGGAUUGAACCAUUAGUGAACGGACAACCGGACUAUUAGGGCUCUGGAAAAAGGGUCGCCAAAAGCAGAAUUAGCUAUUUUCUUUUCAUUUGAAGGCUACAUUUCUCAGUAAGGACCCGUUGACAGCAGAGCCAGGAUGGAUGCUAACGGCAUAUUCUCACUUCUGUUGCUGUGUUCUGUCACUGAGCUGUGCGUGUUGGCGAGCCCUGAGGGGAAUGACUCCCAGCAGCACCAUACCCAGAAUGUCUACCACGACAUCGGUGUCACCAGGAACACCAUAGUCACUGCUCAGUUUGAGUGCUAUCAGAAGAUCAUGAAAAACGACAAACACAACAAAAUAGGGCCAGUUUGUAACAGGACGUGGGAUGGCUGGCUGUGCUGGGAGGACACAGAGGCAGGCUUCACUACAAACCAACACUGUCCAGACUACUUCCAAGACUUUGACACAGCAGAAAUGGCGUCCAAAGUGUGCAGUGAAACGGGUAAUUGGUUUCUACACCCGGAGAGCAACAGGACAUGGACAAACUACACCAAAUGUACAGCAUACACCAGUGCAGGAAGAGUGACAGCGAUGAAUCUCUACUACCUGGUUCUGAUUGGACAUGGACUGUCGCUAACGUCAUUGUUCUUCUCAUUGGGAAUAUUUUUCCAUUUCAAGAGUCUAAGCUGCCAGAGGAUAACGCUCCACAAAAACCUAUUUUUUUCAUUUGUGUUGAACUCGGUCAUCACCAUCAUCUGGUUGACAGCGGUGGCUAACAACCAGGGACUAGUGCAGAGCAACCCUGUGAGCUGUAAGGUGAUCAUGUUUAUUCACCUGUACCUGUUUGGCUGUAACUACUUCUGGAUGCUGUGUGAGGGCAUCUACCUGCACACACUCAUCGUCGUGGCUGUGUUCGCCGAGAAACAACACCUCAUGUGGUACUACCUGCUUGGAUGGGGAUUUCCACUCAUACCUGCAUUGAUACAUGCAAUAGCACGAAGCUACUACUACAAUGAUAAUUGUUGGAUCAGCUCAAACACUUCCCUCCUCUACAUUAUCCAUGGUCCCAUCUGUGCUGCCCUGCUGGUGAAUCUGUUCUUCCUGUUAAACAUUGUGCGUGUCCUCAUCACUAAACUGAAGGUGACCCAUCAAGCUGAAUCUAGCCUCUACAUGAAGGCUGUGAGAGCCACCCUGAUCCUAGUCCCUCUCCUGGGCAUCCAGUUUGUCUUGUUCCCCUACAAACCCCAGGGACGCUUCGCCUUGGAGAUCUACGACUAUAUCAUGAACAUCCUCAUGCACUACCAGGGUCUCCUGGUUGCCACCAUCUUCUGCUUCUUCAAUGGGGAGGUCCAAGGUGUUCUGCGAAGGCACUGGAACCAGCAGAGGAUCCAGUUUGGCAGUAACUUUGCUCACGCAGAUGUCUUCCGCUCAGCCUCAUACGUGGCGUCAUCCCUGACGGAGGUGCAUCGCUGCUACAGCAUCGACGGGCACACCGAACACAUGAACGGCAAGAACAGCUACCACGACGUCGAGACGGUGACACCCACCAUACUCCGGUCGGACAACCCGUUUGCCUGAGGCUGAAGGUCGGAAGUCGCGGGUCUUGGGUCUGUACAGUUACACAGUGGCAGUUAAACUUUCAGUUGAAAUGGCUGCAGACAAUUUGGAACACUUUUCCCACCAUAUUCUAGAACAUUUUCUCAAACUUCUUGGCAGUAGCCUUCACAGCAAUUGGAUGAUGGUGAAAAAGUACAUGAACGUUUAUAGGGGGCCACUACUCAGCCUCUUGAUCUGGUCAAUACAGUUACCUUCAACUGAUCCACUUUAACUUCACGAGGACGGAAUAGGCACUUAACUAGAGACACCUGUGUAAAGGAAUGGACACUACCUACACUACCUUAAGGGUUUUAGUGUAAGGAAUGGACACUACCUACACUACCUUAAGGGUUUUAGUGUAAGGAAUGGACACUACCUACACUACUUUAAGGGUUUUAGUGUAAGGAAUGGACACUACCUACACUAUCUUAAGGGUUUUAGUGUAAGGAAUGGACACUACCUACACUACCUUAAGGGUUUUAGUGUAAGGAAUGGACACUACCUACACUACUUUAAGGGUUUUAGUGUAAGGAAUGGAUACUACCUACACUAUCUUAAGGGUUUUAGUGUAAGGAAUGGACACUACCUACACUACCUUAAGGGUUUUAGUGUAAGGAAUGGACACUACCUACACUACCUUAAGGGUUUUAGUGUAAGGAAUGGACACUACCUACACUACCUUAAGGGUUUUAGUGUAAGGAAUCAAUCUUGCCGUUUCAUCCUGUGGACUGAAGGACCUACGACUGUACAACAACCUCUGACCCAAGAGCCUGAGACUCUACAACAACUUCUGACCCAAGAGCCUGAGACUCUACAACAACCUCUGACCCAAGAGUACAGUGCAAUUAACUUGUUGGGCCUUUUGGUGAUAUAAUUACUUCCAUUCUGUAAAGGACAAAGGAAACCUAAUGUACAUGGACCUUAAGCACUGGAUUAUGUAUUAAGAUUGGCAGGCUCUUUAUGUCUC